AUGGACAAUUUCACGAUGAAUGGGUUUCUUCUCAUGAGUUUUUCUGACAAGCCUGAGCAAGAAAUCUUUUAUGCUUGUCUGUUCCUGGUCUUAUACUUGUUGGCUUUAGCUGGCAACAUGCUCAUCAUCACCACCACGUCCCUGGAUGACAGUCUCCAGUCCCCCAUGUAUUUCUUCCUGAAGCAUCUCUCCCUUCUGGAUCUCUGCUACAUUUCCGUGACUGUGCCGAGAUUCAUUUACAACUCUUUCAAGCACAGUGGGAAUAUUUCCCUCUGGGAAUGCAUUGUGCAGUGCUUUGCUUUGAUUUCCUGUGGUACUGCUGAGGUGUCCAUGCUCACGGUGAUGUCCUAUGACCGCUACGUGGCCAUCUGCCUUCCCCUACGCUAUGAAAUCAUCAUGAAUGUCAGAACCUGUGUCCAUGGAGUCGCCGGCGUCUGGGUCAGUGGGACCAUCUCUGGAGUCAUGCAUACAGCAGCUACUUUCUCCAUCCACUUCUGUGGCCCCCGCAUCAUUCAUCAGUUCUUCUGUGACAUCCCCCAGCUCCUGAGACUCUCCUGCUCCAAUGACUAUAUCAGUGAGGUGGGUGUCUCUGUCUUCCUGACAUCGGUGGCACUUCUUUGUUCUGUAUUUAUUGGGUUCUCCUACGUGCAGAUAUUCUCUUCGGUGCUGAGGAUGCCAUCUGCGGAGGGCAGAGCCAAGGCCUUUUCCACCUGCCUCCCCCACCUCGCUGUCGUCAUAUUAUUUUUUUCUACCGUUGUUUUUGAAUUUUUUAAACCUCAUUCGAAAUCUCCAUCUUCUUUGGACAUUUUGCUCACUAUUCUUUACACAGUAUUUCCCCCAACAUUCAAUCCAGUGAUUUAUAGUCUGAGAAAUAAAGCUAUAAAAUUGGCACUAACAAAGAUUUUUCAAAGAAGAAAAGAAGCAUUUACUUCUAUUCAUUCUCAAUCAGGAGACAAGUUCAAUAUGUAUGCGUAA